AUGUCUUCCAAAACGAAUCACAAACUUACACAACUGACAGUGGCUAUUGAUUCGCAAGAGAAUGUGUACGACUCAAGCAGGGAAUCCCAUAUUGACCUGCCAUAUACUGAAGAGGAAAAGAAGCCCUUUUGGCAAAGAUUUAGAUUCAGAGUCGACACUACUGGUCACCCACCACAAAUCUUCAAUGUCACCUUAUACUUGAGCAUCUUUGUGUUUGGGUUGUUUGGAGCUGCUCGAGGUAUCGAUGAAGGUACAGUUUCUGGAAACCUUGCCCUACCAGCAUUCAUCAGGAAGUUUGGUUUGAGUGAUGAAACCAAAACUGAACAUGAGAUUGCCACUUUGAAAUCAAACAUUGCAUCAAUGGUUCAGUUAGGUUCGGUAGGUGGAGCGCUCAUUGCUAUGAAAUCUGUGGAUUUCUUUGGAAGACUUAGAGCGUUACAAGUUGUGUGCAUAAUUUGGUUGAUUGGCGUUUCAAUUCAAAUUUCGUCUCAAUCAGUGGGCCAAUUGUAUGCUGGUAGGUUUAUUGAGGGGUUGGCCAUUGGACAAACAACGUCAAUUGGACCCGUGUACAUGUCUGAAGUUGCACCUAGUCCUAUUCGUGGUAUGGCCAAUUGUAUUUUUGCCGGUGCCGUGUAUUUGGGUAUCAUGAUGGGAUAUUUUGCCAAUUAUGGAUCGGCUAUUCAUAUUCCGGCAACUUUGAGUGAUGGUUCAGUUAAUGACAAACAGUGGAGAGUUACAUUUUGCACCAAGUUUAUUAUGGCAGGACUCAUUUUUGUUGCGUCAUUCUUUUGGUGUAUUGAAAGUCCUCGUUGGUUGUUGAAACAUGGCAAGGCCCAUGAAGCUGUUGAAAAGUUGAGCAAAUUAAGGAAAUUGCCAGUUGACCAUCCAUACAUCAUUGCUGAGAUUAGUGAUAUUAAUGAACAAGUUAUGGCUGAAAAGGAAGCAGCGAGAAGUUCAUCCUUGAUUGGCAAUUUCAAACAAAUUGUCACGGUCAAGAGCAUUGCUUAUAGAUUGAUUAUUAUUGGUGGUGGAAGUCAAGUAUUGGGCCAAUGGAGUGGUGCAAAUGCUGUCACCAUAUAUGCCUCUGAGUUGUUUGCCCUUGUUGGAGUUACUGGUAUUGACAAGUUGAAGAUGUCAGCAGUGUUGGGUGUGGUCAAGUUUUUCUCGGCAUACUUUGCAGCUUUCUUCCUUAUUGACAUUUUGGGUAGGAAGAGGUCACUUUACAUUGGAAUUUGUGGUCAAAUGUUGUGUUUAUUGUACUAUGCGAUUUUCUUGCAUUUGGUUCCUCAAGCUGCUGAAGGGGUUGUUGAGAAUGCCAAUGCCAAACGAGCAAGUACUGGAGCUUUAGCUGCCAUUUUCCUCAGUGGAACAUUUUGGACAGUGGGGUUCAAUUCAAUUCAAUAUUUGAUUGGAAAUGAGAUUUUCCCACUUGGUAUUAGAUCUUUUGCACAAUCGAUCAUCAUGGUGUUGCAUUUUGCUAAUCAAUAUGGCAACUCCAAAGCAAUGCCAAAACUUAUGCUAGCCAUGCAUUCGUUUGGUGCAUUCUAUUUCUUUGUUGGUGUUUUAUGUGUGGCUUUGGUGUGGGCAUUCUUCCUUCCUGAGUUGAAGGGUAGAAGUUUGGAAUCGAUUGAGGAGGUGUUCACUUUGCCUUGGUACAAUUUGAGACGUUGUAACAAAUUGGUUCCUGACCAUUCACAGAUUCAUAAAGUCAAGUAUACAAACAGUAGAGGAAACACUGGAUUUGAUCAUAUUCAAUUUGAUUUGGAAAAGAAUAAGCCAAGUAUUGAAAUGGUUGAGGAUGAGACAGGCUCCAACAACAAGCUGAAACAUGUAAGGAGAAGUUCAGGAGAGGAAGAGGACGAUGAGAAGAAGGUUUAG